UUUUUACAAACACAAAUAACACAACACUAACAAAUUCCAAAAUUUCCCCCCUUCUCUCAAUGGAUCUUUUUCUUUACAAUUCCCAUCUCUUUUCUUGAAACUCUCCUCCUUUUUCGUUCCCUUCCCCCAUUUCCCCACACAUUCUAUAUUCUACAACAAUGGACAACAACAACAACAACAAUCUACCUGAGAAUCAACCCUCCGAUGCCCCCAAAUUGGAUUCUGAUGAUGCCACCAAUCUCCCUCAUCAAACCCAUGCCUCUGCUGUAAAUUCUAAUGAAAAUUUGACAGAUCAAGAUCACAAUCACGAUAAGAAUCAGGAUCAGGAUCAGGAGAACAAGGACAAGGAGAAGAAUGAGGAGGACGAGGAGGAGAACAAGAAGGACAAUGAAGAAGAAGAAAGGAAGGACGGAGAGGAAAAGACGGAAGAGGAGGAAGAGUCCAAGGAUGAACCAGAUCUUCAUUACAAUCUCAAUACGAUUCUUGAAGAUGUCGAUCAAUUUCUCUCAACUCCUCACGGUUCUCGUGAUCGAGAGGAAGAUUCUGCUGUUGACAUUCCCAAGUUCAUCGACAAAUUCUUGGAUCUCGUGGAUGCCAAGAUUGAGCAAUACAAUAACGAGGAAUCCAAUGCGAAGGAGAAAGAAUGUCGAGUGCCGGAGGAUGACUCAUCGUUCCUCGAAGCGAUUGAUAGGAUAUCCAAGCUAAAAACUGCAAUUCACGAAAUGAAAUUGGAAGAGGAGAAGAAUUCGUUGAUCAAUCGCAUCGGAAGCACUCAACAGCAAGCGAUUUCUUAUUUGGAAGAAGAGUUCAGAUUCUUUCUCGAGGAGUCUAGAAAUAGCGAUUCUGAUCCUGCUGCUGAAACGAAAGGUAAACAAGAACAGGAUCGUUGUGCAUUACCUGAGGCUGAGUCCGAUCAGCCCCAGUUUCCAGGUUACUCCGAGGAGAUCGUCAACUAUUUGAACAAAAUCGCUAAGCGAAUGAUUUCGGGUGGAUACGAAUCGGAAUGCUGCCAAGUGUACAUGGUUGCGAGAAGAAACAUAUUCGAAGAUGCCUUACUAAAGCUCGGAUUUGAAAAACACAGCAUCGAUGAUAUCCAGAAGAUGAGUUGGGAAUCAAUGGAGAGGGAGAUCGCUACAUGGAUUAAAACGAUCAAGCAAUGCGCCACCAUUUUGUUCUCUGGCGAACGGAAUCUCGCCGAAUCUGUAUUUUCAUCAUAUCCUCCGAUUUCCGCCAGUCUGUUUAGCAAUCUAACUCGCGGCAUUGUGAUUCAACUGCUAAAUUUCUCAGAAGGAGUAGCAAUGACAAAACGCUCCGCAGAGAAAUUGUUCAAACUCCUUGAUAUGUACGAAGCUCUUCGCGAUAUGGUUCCAAAAAUGGAAACAUUAUUUCCAGUAGAAUCCGCGAACGAGCUCAAAACAGAGACCACAACCGCUCGAACUCGUCUUGGCGAAGCAGCGAUUUGCAUAUUUUGCGAUCUCGAAAACUCAAUCAAAGCAGACACCGGAAAAACUCCGGUACCGGGCGGCGCCGUUCAUCCGUUAACUCGAUACACCAUAAACUACUUGAAAUACGCUUGCGAGUACAGGAACACACUGGAACAAAUUUUCAAAGAGCAUUCAAAGAUCGAAAGAGCCGAUUCCACUAGCCGACCCCAUUUCGAAGGCGAACAAGCACCGAGUUACAACCCCAGCGCUGACAAUCAAUCACCAUUCUCGGUAGAACUGAUGCGAGUGAUGGAGCUUUUGGAUUCAAAUCUGGAAGCAAAAUCAAAGCUAUACAGAGAUGUAGCACUGAGUUCGAUCUUCAUGAUGAACAAUGGACGAUACAUCUUACAGAAAAUCAAAGGAUCUGCAGAUAUCCACGAACUAGUGGGUGAUUCAUGGUACAGGAAGAGAUCUUCAGAUCUACGCCAAUACCACAAGAAUUACCAGAGAGAAACAUGGGGUAGAUUAUUAGGUUGUUUGAACCACGAAGGAUUAACAGUACACGGGAAAGUGGUAAAGCCAGUGCUGAAAGAAAGGUUUAAAGGAUUCAACGCAUUGUUCGAAGAGAUUCACAAAACACAAAGCUCAUGGAUCAUAAGCGACGAACAACUUCAAUCGGAGCUGCGAGUAUCAAUAUCGGCCGUGAUGAUUCCGGCGUAUAGAUCAUUUUUAGCUAGGUUUUCACAGUAUUUGGAUCCAGGGAGACAAACAGAGAAAUACGUAAAGUUUCAACCUGAAGAUAUAGAGACAUACAUAGAUGAUUUGUUUGAUGGAAAUCCAAGCUCCAUGGCAAGAAGGAGAACAUAAAAGCUGUGGGAGCUCUUGCAACCAAUUUGAUUAAAAAAAGCUUCAAUCUGCGGAUUGCAAUUUGUGAAUUGCAAUUGCAUUUGCAAAUUCUUCUUCCUUGGCUUCAACUUCCUGAAUUGCUGCUGGGCUGCUCUCUCUUCUUCUUUUUUAUUUUUUUUUCUUUUUAUAUUAUGUUACAUUUUUUUUUCUCUAAUUUUUUCAAAUGAUUGUUUGUAAUUGUCACAAAUUAACAAUGUAAUUCUUUUGUUUUUGGCCUUCUCUC